GAUCUGUUUGAGCCUACAUGGGCCACACUGGAAAGGGGUGCUGCUGUAUCCGUGGUGGUUUCAGAUGUCAUUUGGGAUACCAAUGCUUUGAUGGGUAGGUUCAGUGGUCUGGUCGAAUUGUCUGUGGAUUCCGGGACUUGUGGACUUGAGAAAGGAGAACAUGAUGCCAGGUCUUCUACUCUCCCAGCCACUCUGCAGCUUUUGCAUUGGCUUCGUGCCCCUCUUCUUGUGCUGGAAUGUGUGGUCCCUGCGUCCAACAACUGUUUUGUCAUGGCCCAUGUUAAAGCUCUUGAGACUCAACUUGGUUUCCAUGUCAGUCAGUGUUGCCUGCGUUUGGAAUCCGUUUGGUGUGGUUGCAGAUAUCGCUGGUGGUUGAUUGCUGCUCAUCCCGCCUUGGGCCGUGUCCUGAUUCCUCCUUUCCCUGAAGCAUCACCUUUGACUGUCCGUGACUUGAUGCCUUUCGUCAAGAGAUGGCCUGAAGAAGUCGAAAGCCAGCUGCGUGUGUCCCAGACUGAAUGUGAAAAGUUCCAAGCACAUGGACAGCACUUGAGACAGUUUGUUGUGAAAGCAGACCAGAAGUUGCCAACUGCAUUGCGUUCGUGGGGAGGGCAGGUAGUUGCUUGUGCUUGCGGCUGCCGUGAUCAAGGCUUCUCUGAUGCUUUGUUGGUCUCGAAAGGCAUUUAUGCCCAGCUCCUGCAAGUCACCCUGCCGGAUGGUACUGUUAUGUACAGACACCUGCAUGCAAUCGAAGUGGCAAUCCUAUCAGGGGUUCCUCCAUGCCUGGAUUGGAGUGACAAUGAGAGGCUGAAUUUGUGUGCCAUAGGUCAGAUGGCCGCACCCAUGCAAUCGGUUUGGAUAGGAGCUUCCAUUGUGAGACACAUGCAGUUGCUUUUCACUACGGACGCCCCUUUGGAACCCAAUCAAGCUUUGCAUGAAUUGAAACUCAUUGUCCAUGCCCAGAGUAAACAAUUCUUUGGAGAUAUCCCUAAGCCUUUGGACUUGCCCUCAGAUUUGGAUUUGCACCGCCUUGAGGUACAUGAUCAACGUGGACACCCCUUUCUUCUGCAGUGUCGCAGGGAGGCCACAGUGAAGGACCUGAUCUUCGCUGAGGCAGAUCUUUUGCAUGUGCCGGUUUUUGAUUUGGCAGUCUGUGAGUUUGAGUCCAUGAAGCCACUUGACCAGGGAACUUGCCUAGGCACAUACAAGUCAGUCGUUGUGGUUUUCACCGAUGUCCCACCAGCCCCAGUCCAAAGCCCUAUGAUCGAGGGGCCAAGCCUGACAGACAUGGAAGUUGAUGCCAAAGUUGCAACAACGAUGCCUACCCAAUUGGACCCCCAUGAACUUGUUGAAGGGCAUGUUGAAUACACCUCCAGUGUUGGGUCGGUUUGUCCUGGUUUGGAUUCUUCUGCGGUUUCCCUGCUUCAGCUCUCUGCCAAACAACUGCGAGCCCUUUUGCCACCGCUUGUUGGGGAUGCCAGUUUGUGCCGUGCCAUGCGGAAACAGAGCAUGUCUGUUGAAGCUAGGAUUGCCCUCCUUGACCAUCAACACACCUUGUGGGGAGAUGAUGAACUCCUGUGGCACCUUACACAAGUGACGGCGCAGCCACACUUUCAAGACGUGACACUCAUUGACCCCUUGUUGGUGACUAGUUGGACUCAACUUGGCAAUGUGGAUUUGUUGCACUCAUGGAUGCAUGACAACCAGAAAACAACCAGGUUUGUGUCAGCUGUCCUAUUGGAAGGUCACUGGACUCCCUUCGUUUGGACUUGUAGGAACACCACGCUUGAUGUCGUGAGUUGGGAACAUGAUGAUGUCUCGAUCGAUCCCUUCAAUGGACUUCAUGGAUUGCUUUGCCAAGCCUUGGGUUUGUCGACUUUCCGUGUUGCUUGUACCCGGCGUCCUUUCGGUUUGGACUUGUGUGGUGCUGGUGUCGUGACUUUCAUCCGUGAUCUUCAAACCGUCUUGGCUACCUUGUUGCAGUUCCAUGGUGUCCCUCCUGCCGUCUCCGGUCAGCGUGCCAAACUUGUCCUCCAAAGCCUUGGUCGUGACCCUGUGCAAGGAGCCGUCAAUGGAGUGUCGCCAUGGAAGUCUUUGAAACAACUUGCCAACCAGCAUAAGCCAAUGGUCCAACUUGUGUUGCCUGAUGAACUUGCAGCUGUCACACAGGCUAAGAAAGAGAAAGGACCCCAGAGGAAGCAGAAAGAAGCGACCAAACCGGCUCCAACUCGACCAACCGAAGUUGAUCCUUGUCGUCUUGUCCUUGCCGACCAGUCCUUUUGUACUGAUGAUGGAAUUGGUGUUGCCCAGAUCCCACUUUCACAAGUCGGUCCGUUGGUCUCAGGUAUCAGUCUGGUCAACUAUGUCGAUGCGGUGCCAUUCUUGCAGGACAACAAAGUCCUCACACCGAAGGGCCUAGCGUUGUUGGUCAUCAAUGGGCCUGAUGAGAUCACUACUGACUUGACAUGGUCAACGAUCAGGUUCGCAGCCAAGUGUGCAGCCAACCAACAGCCAGUGUUGUUGCAAGGGUUCUUGGUUCAGCUCGGCCAACAGGUCAUCGCCCCCAACAGAACGUUGUCAGGUCCCAGUGUCCCGUCCGUCCCAGUUGCCUGUGCGAGAAUCACGGUCUUCAUGGAUCAGUGGCCACAUGAUUGGGAAAGUUUUUGUGAACACCCUGUCAGGAGCUUGUUGGAAACUCUCCCGCCACUCCAGACCUGCCGUAGUGAAAACUGUGACUGUGACAAGUGGCACCCGAUCACUGCAGAUGGCCCCCGUGAAGUCCUCCUUGAUGUGUUCCGUCGGCAGUUUUUCAAAACAGACUCAGGUAGGCCAGUCAAAGCAGCUCAAAGUACCCACUUCAGUGUGCAGGUGCGUUUUCUGAAGUCCCAAGAACUGAUGUUGUUGAAGCAUAGUGGACUCCAGGGUGUUUUCCUUGAACCCCGCAGCAUGGACGCCUCCAUGCCAUCAGACGAGUUUCAGGUUGUUUGGAUUCCACAAGCAUCAGGUGCCGAAGUCCAACAUCAUGCCCAAUGUGAAGCACUUAGCAUUGGUGUAGCCAGGUCUGGUCGUAGGUUUGGAGUUCGUGUCUUGGCCAAACACUACCAAGAUGUUUUCCUGAAGAUCAAACCGGAAGGCCAAUUUUUGGCCCCUGGACAGCGUUUGACAUGGCACUGUGGCCCCUGGCCUUUUGGUAGUGACCGGAAGAUGCUGGGAAAAAUUUUUGCCUCUUGGAACUGGCAGGCACGUCCCUUGCAGCCAGCCAGAACAGUUGACGGUGGUGUCAUGUGGCUUGUCCAAUCGGUGUCGGAGCCUCCGGAAUCAGUCUGGAACAUGCAGCAUGGUCAGGUCAUGGUGUCUCGGUGUGAGUCUGCGUCGUCCAGCCUGGCUCAGUCUUCUACGGUGAUUGGUUCCCAAAGCACACUUGAGCUCUGCAGCGCCUCAAGCAAUGUGGAAAUGGAGGAACGAAUCGAGAAGUCGCUGCUGGACAAGCUCCCCCAUGACAAGAUGGAAACAGACGAGCAGGAAACCAGAAUCCUGGCUCUCGAGCAGCAGCUUCAGUCUGUUGCAAGUCAUGCAGGCUCCUACUCUGGCGUUGCUGUGGUCUCCAAGUGUCCGUCUCGCCCUUUGGGUUCCUGCUGGCCUUUGGAUAUGUACGAGACCGGUCGCGUGCAGGUUGUUGGGUCUUUUGUGAAUCACAUGUGGGUCACCGGGGGUCUGUUGUACGGGUAUCCCCAAGGCAAAAACCAUCCCAAUGCCUUGGAACGAACCACUGCCAUGUUGCAACACCUUGUUGAUCAUAUGGUGCAUGUUGCUGUUGGACCACGUUGGCUUGGAGGUGAUUGGAAUUACUUGGAAUCUCAACUCUCUGUGACCAAUCUCUUGCGUGCACGUGGUUGGGAAGAAGUGCAGACCUUGGAAUACUUGCGGAGUGGAACCCCGCCACAGGCCACUUGUAAAAAGGUCACACAGAAAGACUUCCUGUGGCUUUCGCCUGAACUCCUUGCAAGUUACCGUGGGCUUGUGGUUGAUCAUGAGACGUUCCUGGAUCACUCUGCACUGAAAGCUGAGUUCCAUUUAGGUAAAGCCUUUGCUUGCAGGUUUUUGUGGCCUAUGCCGGAGCAUGUGUCAUGGACUUCAGUGGAUUUGUCUUCUGUCUCUGUGGACUUUGCAUCUGGAGACCCUACCUUGGCUUACCAACACCUUUGGACUUCUUGCGAAGCUGGUGCUGCCGAGCAAUUGCCCAACUGGAAGCCAGCUAUGGGGGGGAGAGGCCAAAGACUCGAGCCCUUGAGACGCAAAGGAUGGACUUCACCGCCCAAACUUGGCCGUCUCUGUGAUGCCCAACCCAACUUCUAUGGGUAUGACGUCCAACAUAGCCGAUGGCUGAAACAGCUGAGACGCCUGAACAACUAUGCCCAAUGGGCUAGAGUGCACUUUGCCUCCUCAAGCCCUGCUGCCACGCUCCAUGGUCUCGAACUCUGGAAAAGCAUCCUUCGGGCGCCUGGUUUUAGCCCUUCCUUUCAAACAUGGUGGACUGGACGUUGUUGUGUUGGACUUGGGGACCCUGGAUUUGUGCCCACCCAGAUGCCUGCGUUCCAUGAAGCGUCCCUUCUGUGCGAGGUUUUCACAUGUGAAGUGAGAUACUUGGAGCGGCAGCUCACUCAGAACAGGAAAGGGCAUAAGAAAUGGCUCCACCAACAGAAUCCCAACCACAUCUUCCGAGAUACCCAGCGGCCACCACCAGAACCAGUGACCAGUCUUCUCGAUGUCGCUCGUGCGAAAAUCUCCGAGAUUGACGAAGCUGACUGUGCUUUUGAGAUAGAGCCAGCUUGUGCCUUUGAUGACUCUAAACCUUUGCAAGUGGAUGGCCGUCCCCUCAACAUCAUCCAUGCCACGGACACCAAGCUCUAUGUGGACUCAGUGGAAGGCCUGUCCAGAGGCCAACAAGUUGUGCAAUCUACCCCUCUGGGUUCUCUUCCUGCUUUGUUCAGUGCGUUCCAAGAACAGUGGCAAAAACGGUGGUGCAGACAUGAUGGGUUACCACACUCUCACUGGCACGAACUUGUAGCCUUUGCUAGGCAGUACCUUCCUCACCACCCAGUUGAAGCUCUUGUGAUCACACCUGCACUCCUGCGUGGAGAAGCCAGUCGCAAAAAGAAACAGUCUGCCUGUGGUCUGGACGGUGUGUCUCGGCGUGAUUUGCUGUCUGUUGAUGUGGCGGUUUUGGAUUGUUUGUGUGGAAUGUUUGCCCGGGCCUUGACUGAUGGCAGCUGGCCUAAGCAGGUCAUCAGUGGGCGCGUCUCCAGCUUAGCAAAAACCACUCAGGCAGCUGAGGUGAACCAGUAUUUGCUUGACUGGGCCGACACUUGGGCCCAUCCAGAUGUGCAUGGAAAUCGCAAAGCUCAUCAAACCAGCGACCUAUGGCGGGUGUUGGUGACCGAAAUUCAGGCAGCCCAUGAACAGCAGAAACCAUUGUCAGGCCUCAUAGCCGACAUAGAGAAAUGCUACAACUGCCUACCGAGGUACCCGAUACUUGCGGCAGCCUUGCAUUGUGGGGUCCCUUUUGAAGUCGUCAAAGCUUGGAGCGGUGCACUCGCAGGCAUGGAAAGACGUUUCAAGAUCCGUGAUUCCUUCAGUGGAGCCUGCACAACAAGCACAGGACUUGCAGAAGGAUGUGCCUUGAGUUGUUUCGGCAUGUUACUGAUGGACGACAUCCUUCAUCGUUUCAUCCAUGUCAUGAACCCAGCCAUCCGUGUCUUGAGUUUUGUCGAUAAUUGGGACUUUUUGACUUUCGAUGUCUCUUCUGCUGUUGCUCAACUGGAUUUACUGCUUCAGUUCGCAAGUUUGACGGACCUCACUGUCGAUAAAGCCAAAACUUUCGGCUGGUCUACUGAUGCUGCUGUGAGAGGUCGUUUUCGCCAAUGUGGCAUCCCUGUCAAACACUGUGCGCGUGAUCUUGGAGCACACUUGGCUUUUUCCCGCCAACGCACCAACAAGACUGUGACUGCACGACUGGACGACCUUGAGUCUCUCUGGACCCGGUUAAAAGCUAGCAAGGCCAGCUACCAGGCCAAAGUCCGUGCCCUGCGUACUGUUGCUUGGCCUCGUGGCUUGUUUGGGGUUUCAUCGGCUCCCGUUGGUCGGUCAGUGUGGCUUCGUCAUCGUCGUCUUGCAACUCAGGCGCUGUCAGCCGACAAAGCGGGGGUCAAUCCCAUGCUUCACUUGGGGCUUGUUGAGUCCUUUCUGGACCCAGAGUUUCUUGCCUUGGUUCAUACUGUUGCUGAUGCCAGAGCUCAAUGCCCGGUGGACUUUUGGGCUUCCGACCUUUACCCUGUUGCUUGCGGCCAUGUCUCUUGCCCUGCGUCUUCACCUACUUCAGUUUUGUUGGAACGCAUCCAGCUUGUGGGCAUUAGUGUGCUCUCUGACGGUUCUUGGGUUGACUCCAUUGGUCGUUUCCAACCGUGGAAUAUCAACUACACAGAGCUUUGUUUCCGGCUGCAACUGAUGUGGAAUCGCCUGGUUGCCGCGCAGGUUUCCCACAGGCGCGACUUUGAGGGUCUUGACUUGGUUGACCCAGCCUCUACACGCCGUGUGUUGGGCACCCUGAGCCCAGAUAAACAAGCCCUCCUCCGCCUUGGACUUGCCGGUGGACUCUUCACGCAAGAUGCGCAUAGCCACUGGAACGAGGGGCCAGGAACAUGCAAAUGGUGCCAAGAACCUGACUCACUUGAGCAUAGGUACUUUCAAUGCCAGCAGACUGCCGAUCUGCGACACAACCUUGCCCCUGAUGCCACUUCCUUGCGUGCUGGCCUUCCUGAUGCCUUGGCUCUGCGUGGUUGGUGUCUCCGUGCCCCUUCUAGUGUUGGUUGGUUACGUCUAUUGUCUUCCGUCAGUGCUGCUAUCCCUGACCUUGGUGUCCCCUUCACCACUGGAGUUUGGAAUCAGGUUUUCACCGAUGGAUCCUGUUUGUGGCAGUCUAAUGUGUCCUACCGUGUUGCUGCGUGGGGGGCUGUCCUUGCUUCGCCCUUGUCUUCCAAGUGGAAUUGUGACCUCCAAGGUGUUCUCGGGGCAGGGCCACUGCCUGGAUUGACACAGACCGCAUACAGAUCUGAACUGUAUGCACUUGCGUUCGUCCUUCACCAUGCAGCUCAAGGUGGUUUCCGUAUCAAGGUUGUGAAAACAGCGGCGCACAAACAACUGCGCAAUGCGAAGACCAAACAAGAAGCUUGGGCCUUUUGGAACAAUGCAGCAGCAGACAGAGUUGCACGCACUGCCAACCUUCGGCGGUCACGUGCUUUCUGGGACUUUUGGGAAUACCAUGCUAGAGCCACUGCCGGGGCUACUGAACUCCACAGACAGAUUGUUGCCCUGCAUCUGGCGAUAGCGGAGCGUAGUGUGCAAUGGGAUGGAGCGACAUCGCUCGAUGAAGUGGCGACCACGGUCCCAAGACCGAUCAGGACGUUUGACAAGGUUUUUGACAUGUCUGACUGGGAUGGAACAGUCCCCAUGCAGCUGGCGCUCGAAUAUGGGGCUGGCAUGGCAGACCGAAUUGUGUCUUGGUGGUGGGAACGCACUAGGACCAAUGAGGUCAAAGAGGCACAAUGGGUGACGUUCGCACAUCUCUACGUCGAUUACCAAUUGUCGUGGGGUUGCCCAGGUCCAAUUCAGUCAGGGAAGAAGUGGCUUGACUUUUUCACAAGGCCCUACCUCGAGCCAGAGCGCAACAGUUUUCUUUUGAGAGUUCGAUGGUUCAAGCGAGCCCUCAAAUUCCUGUGGAAUGCAACCGGACAGACUAUUGGAUUGGCUAUUUGCCGAGGCUCUGGCAAUGCUAUUUCGAGCUUUGUUGCAACGGCAUCAAUUCACUGGGACAACGCCUGCCUGAUGCAAGCGGACCGCUGGUUGUUGGAAAACUGCAAGACACCUUGCACUCGAGGUUCCAGUGCCUUAAAAGGCUUACCCCUGGCUGGACGUCUCCAGGGUAUGGCCGUGUCACCUUGCGGAGCCACCUUGCAGAACUACAACAACGAGUUGGUGAAGUCCAUUGAGGACCUGCGCGAGAAGCGUGAAGAGUUGAAUCGUCAGAUUCUGAAGGAGGAAGAGGACAAGGCAAAGAUUCAGAAGGAGCUGUCGAUUCUGACGGAUCGCCUCCAGAAGGUCAAUGAGAGCUUGGUGCGCAAGACCCAGGCACGCAACGAGUAUGACAAGACGAUCCAAGAGACGGAGGCGGCCUACAUGAAGAUCUUAGAAUCCUCCCAGACCUUGCUCCACGUGUUGAAGCGCGAGACCGUGAACUUGACCAAGAACAAGCAGUCAUCGGAGCCUUGGCGGGAAAGCUGGCACCUCUCCAAGAGAUUUGUUCUUCCUGACGUUUGGGGAUUCGCCAGUCAGACUGACGGCCGCAGCCCUGCCAGGGCACGCUCACCAUCACACGUUCCGGCACGUGCAGGGUGGGUAGCCGUUGGUCCUUGCGUCCAUGGAAUGCCGGGCGAUCUUGCGCUUGCCGCAGUGUGUGGUGACCGAAUUUGUGGCGGCAUCUCCGUGAGGGAUUUGUUGAUGCAGAGUACCUUCACCCUGCAGUUUCCG